CACCUGCUCCCGCUGGAAGUUGGAAGAGCCCCUGGCCAGCCAGCCGCGGUUUCUGCGGAGCGCGGAGCAGGAACCGAAGCCUAGAAGGCCACUGAGUGCACCUUGGUGGCUCCCAGGGCUGCAGGUCUCAGGUUUCAGAGUUAUUGGUAUUUUAAACUUGAGAAACUAGUUCUACAGCUGUCUAUGUGACCGACCAACCACUCUAAACUAUUUUCCUUAAUAUAGAAACUAAAAGGCAGAAUUAGAAUUGCCAUUGCCCUGCGGGGAGAUUUAUAAUCUAGAGGGGGGAGAAAUGAGAAAAAUGUCUCCCUCUGGACAAGAUCUGUAGAAUACACGUGCUACCCCAGAAGGACAAAGAGCUCUAAGUUUUAGUUUUCCAAGAGGGCACGUCUGUCGCAGCCCACUUCCCUUUCUUUUCUUUUUUUUAAAUUAAUUUUUAAUUUCUGUGGGUACAUAGUAGAUGUAUAUGUUUAUGGGUUACAUGAGAUAUUUUAAGACAGGCAGGUAAUGUUUAAUAAUCACAUCACGGUAAAUGGGGGUAUCCAUCGCCUCAAGCAUUUAUCCUUUGUGUUACCAACAAUCCAAUUAUGCUCUUUAGUUUUUAUCUUAUUUUAUUUUAUUUUUGUAGGUACAUAGUGGAUGUAUAUAUUUAUGGGGUACAUGAGAUGUUUUGAUACAGACAUGCAAUGUGAAAUAAGCACACCAUGGAGAAUGGGGUAUUCAUCCCCUCAAGCAUUUACCCUUUGAGUUGCAAACAAUCCAGUUACAUUCUUUAAGUUAUUUUAAAACGUACAAUUAAGUUAUCAUUGACUAUAAUAACUGUUGUGCUAUCAAAUAGUAGGUCUUAUUCAUUCUUUCUAAUUUUUUUGUACCCAUUAACUCUCCCCACCUCACCCCUUCCCUCCUACCACCCUUCCUCAGGUAGUCAUCCUUCUGCUCUUAGAAUACAAUUGUUUUGAUUUUUAGAUGCCACAAAUAAGUGAGAACAUGUGAUGUUUGUCUUUCUCUGCCUGGCUUAUUUCAUUUAACAUAAUGAUUUCAAGUUCCAUUCGUGUUGUUGCAAGUGAUUGGAUCUCAUUCUUUUCUAUGGCUGAAUAGUACUCCAUUGUGUAUAUGCACAUCAUUUUCUUUAUCCAUUCAUCUGUUGAUGGACGCUUAGAGUGCUUCCAAAUCUUAGCUAUUUUAAACAGUGCUGCAGGAAACAUAGGAGUGCAGAUGUCUCUUGGAUAUACUGAUUUCCUUUCUUUUGGGUCAAUACUUAGGAGUAGAAUUGCUGAAUUGUGUGGUAGCUUUAUUUUUAGUUUUCUGAGGAACUUCCAAACUCUUCUCCAUAAUAGUUGUACUAAUUUACAUUCCCACCAACACUGUUUGAGGGUUCCCUUUUCUUCACAUCCUUGCCAGCGUUUGUUAUUGCCUGUCUUUUGGAUAAAAGCCAUUUUAACUUGGAUGAGAUGGUAUCUCAUUGUAGUUUGGAUUUGCAUUUUUCUGAUGAUCAGUGAUGUUGAGCACCUUUUCACAUGCCUGUUUGCCAUUUGUCUUCUUUUGAGAAAUGUCUAUUCAAAUCUUUUGCCCAUUUUUCAAUAGGAUUAUUAGAUUUUUUUUCCUAUAGAGUUGUUGGAGCUCCUGAUAUGUUCUGGUUAUUACUCCCUUGUUGGAUGGUUAAUUUGCAAAUAUUUCCUCCCAUUUUGUGGGUUGUCUUUUCACUUUGUUGAUUGCGUUCUUUGCUGUGCAGAAGCUUUUUAACUUGAUGUGAUCCCAUUUGUCCAUUUUUGCUUUAGUUGCCCGUGCUUGUGGGGUAUUGCUCAAUGAAUUUUUGCUCAGAUCAAUGUCCUGGAGAUCUUACCCAAUGUUUACUUGUAGUAGUUUCACAGUGUGAAGUCUUAGAUUUGAGUCUUUAACCCAUUUUCGUUUGAUUUUUGUAUGUGACAAGAGUUAGGAGUCUAGUUUCAUUGUUCUGCGGAUAGAUAUCCAGUUUUCCCAGUGCCAUUUAUUGAAGAGAAUGUCUUUUCCCUAGUGUAUGUUCUUGGCAUCUUUGUGAAAAAUGAGUUCACUUUAGGUGUGUGUAUUUGUGUCUGGGUUCUCUAUUCUGUUCCAUUGGUCUAUGUGUCUGUUUUUAAUGUCAGUAUCAUGCUAUUUUGGUUCCUGUAGCUCUGUAGUAUAAUUUGAGGUCAGGUAAUGUGAUUCCUCCAGUUUUGUUCUUUUUGCUUCGGAUAACUUUGGCUAUUAUAGGUCUUUUGUGGUUCUAUAUAAAUUUUAGGAUUGUUUUUUCUAUUUCUGUGAAGAAUGUCAUUGAUAUUUUAAUAGAGAUUGAAGUGAAUCUGUAGAUUGCUUUGGGAAGUAUGGAUAUUUUAACAAUAUUGAUUCUUCCAAUCCAUGAACAUGGGUAUAUUUCCCCUUUCCAUAUUUCCCCUUUCCAUAUUUUGGCUCUUCAAUUUCUUUCAUCAUGAUUUUAUAGUUUUUAUUGUAGAGAUCUUUCAUUUAUUUGGUUAAUUCCUAGGUAUUUAAUUUUAUUUGUGGCUAUUGUAAGUGGGAUUACUUUAUAUCUUUUUCAGAUUGUUCACUAUUGGUAUAUAGAGAUGCUACUGAUUUUUGUAUGUUUAUUUUGUAUCCUGCAACUUUACUGAAUUUGUUUAUCAGUUCUAAUAGUUAUCUGGUAUAGUCUUUAGGUUUUUUUCAAAUGUAAGAUCAUAUCACCUGCAAACAAGGACAAUUUGACUUCUUCCUUUCCAAUUUAGAUGCCCUUUAUUUCUUUCUCUUGUCUAAUUGCUCUAGCUAGGAUUUCUAUGUUGAAUAACAAUGGUGAAAGUGAGGAUCCUUAUAGUGUUCCAGAUCUUAGAGGAAAGGCUUUCAGUGUUUCCCCACUCAGUAUGCUACUAGCUGUAGGUCUGUCAUACAUGGAUUUUAUUAUGUUGUGGUAUGUUCCUUCUAUACCCAGUUUUUUGAGGAGUUUUCCAUGAAGGGAUAAUGAGUUUUAUUAAGUGCUUUCUCAGCAUCAGUUGAAAUGAUCAUAUGGCAUUUGUCCUUCAUUCUGUUGAUAUGAUGUAUCACAUUGACUGAUUUGCAUACGUUGAACCAUCCUUGCAUCCCUGAAAUAAAUAGCACUUAGUCAUGAUAAAUGAUCUUUUUAAUGUAUUGUUGAAUUAAGUUUGCUAGUAUUUUGCUGAGAUACUGGUCCAUAGUUUUUUUUCUUUGAUGUGUCUUUGGUUUUGGUAUCAGUAAUACUAGCCUUAUAGAAUGAGUUUGUAAGUAUUCCCUCCUUCUCUAAUUUUUGAAUAGUUUGGGUAAGAUUGAUAUUAGUUCUUCUUUAACUGUUUGGUAGAAUUCAGUGGUGAAGCCAUCGGGUCCCAGGCUUUUCUUUGCUGGAGACUUUUUAUUAUGGCUUUGUUCUCAUUACUUCUUAUUGGUUUGUGCAGGUUUUGGAUUUCUUCAUGGUUCAAUCUUGGUAGGUUGUAUGUGUCUAAGAAUUUAUUUCCUCUAGAUUUUCCAAUUUAUUGGCAUACAGUUGCUCAUAGUAGCCACUAAUGAUCCUUUGAAUUUCUGCAAUAUCAGUUGUAUUGUCUCCUUUUUCAUCUCUGAUUUCAUGGGUAUUCUCCUUUUUUUCUCAGGUAGCCUGGUAAAGGUUUGUCAAUUUUGUUUAUCUUUUCAAACAAUCAACAGGUGGUGAAGCCAGCCAAGCUGUGUUCUUUUCUUCAGAGUGGCAAGUUGCCCCAGGCCCUAGGUGGGUUCACAGAUGCUAUCCAGGAGCCAGGGACUGGAGUAAGAAAACCUUAGAAGUCUACCUGGUGUUCCAUUCUACUGGGGCUGAGCUGGCCCUCAAAUCAUGAGACACAGUCCUUCCCAUUCUUCCCUCCUUUUUCCACACGCAGAGGAGAUGACCCUGUGGCCAACACGACCACGGGUUCACAGGGAGUACUGUUAGCUAUUGCUCAUAUUCACUUAAAGCCCAAGGGCUCUUUAGUCAACUUGUGGUGAAUGCUACCAGGUCUGGGACUCACUCUUCAGGACAGUGGACUCCCCUCUGGCCCAGGUUGGGUCCAGAAAUGCUGUCCAAGGGCCUACUUGUUGCUCUACCCCUGUGGCCAAGCCGGUACCUACGUUGCAAGACAAAGUCACCUUUACUUUUCCCUCUGCUUUUCUCAAGCAGAAAGAGUCUCUGCCUGUACGCACCACAGCUGGGGUUGUGCUGAGUCUCACCUGAAGCCAGCAGAGUCUCACCCAAGACCCACGGCAUAUUACCUGGGUAUCGUUGCUGAUUAUUCAGGGACCAAGGGCUCUUUAGUCAGCAGGUGAUAGAUCCUGCCAGGACUGGGUCCUUCCCUUUAAGGCAGCAGUUUCUCUUCUGGCCCAGAGUGUGUCUAGAAAUGUUGUCCAGGAGAUAGGGUCUGGAAUGGGUGUCUCAUGACCCUGACCAAUGUGCUAUCCUACUGUGUCUGAGCUGACAUCCAAGAUGCAAGACAGAAGUCCUCUUUAGUCUUCUCUCUUCUCUCCUCAAGUGGAAGGAAGGGAUCUUUUUGGAGCUGAGAGUCACACUGUCUGGGGUUGGGGGAGGGGUGGUGCAAGCACUCUCUUAGUCGCCCCAGCUGGUAUCUCAGUAGGUCGUGUGCCCUCCAAGCCUACUGGCUCUGAUCUCAGCUCAGCGCUAGGACUUGCCCAGGAGUUUCAGUCCUUGUGGUCUAGAAUGCCUUUCAAGUUUGUUUAGAGCCCCAUAGCACUUCAGCUACAGUGGCGAGGCUUGCUGAAACUCAGGUUUCAACUGCUGGGAUGGACAAUUUCCAUCUCACUAGGGCUGGUCCAAAUUCUGCCUCCAUGGGCAGGUGUAUGCUGGAUUCAGCAUGGUUUUGCUUUCCACUGUAACAGGGCAGUACUGAGUUCAAUGCAAAGUCUCACAAUUGCUGUGCCCUCCCUUCCCCAAGCACACAGAUUUCUCUGCACCACGUGGUCACUGCUGGAGAAGGGGGAUGGUAGGUGGAGCCUUCUAUUACACCAUCUUGUUCUGCCCUCCCAUUUCCCUUUCUGUUCAGUUUCUAUCUGAGGCUAGCCAAUCCCCUGUGAUCUAGGGGAGAUGGGUGGGAGGAUGGAAGGAAAGGGGAAGUAAAACAAAAAAAUAAGAACCACCCAGAAGCAUACAGAAAAUUGGGCACUACUAGACAAUUUGACAUCGCGAAGUUUUCCCAGGCUAAUUCCUCACCUUUUAGGGAGUUUGCUGAGCAAACUAGAUUCUUACUUUGACCCCCAGGCUGGAGUGCAGUGGCACGAUCUUGGUUCACCACAAUCUCGUCUCGAAGGCUCAGGUGAUUCUCUCACCUCAGCCUCCUGAGUAGCUGGGACCACAGUUUCAGCUGUGAGUUCAACAUGGAGGCAAAUCAGUGCCCCCUGGUUGUGGAACCAUCUUACCCAGACCUGGUCAUCAAUGUAGGAGAAGUGACUCUUGGAGAAGAAAACAGAAAAAAGCUGCAGAAAAUUCAGAGAGACCAAGAGAAGGAGAGAGUUAUGCGGGCUGCAUGUGCUUUAUUAAACUCAGGAGGAGGAGUGAUUCGAAUGGCCAAGAAGGUUGAGCAUCCCGUGGAGAUGGGACUGGAUUUAGAACAGUCUUUGAGAGAGCUUAUUCAGUCUUCAGAUCUGCAGGCUUUCUUUGAGACCAAGCAACAAGGACGGUGUUUUUACAUUUUUGUUAAAUCUUGGGGCAGUGGCCCUUUCCCUGAAGAUCGCUCUGUCAAGCCCCGCCUUUGCAGCCUCAGUUCUUCAUUAUACCGUAGAUCUGAGACCUCUGUGCGUUCCAUGGACUCAAGAGAGGCAUUCUGUUUCCUGAAGACCAAAAGGAAGCCAAAAAUCUUGGAAGAAGGACCUUUUCACAAAAUUCACAAGGGUGUAUACCAAGAGCUCCCUAACUCGGAUCCUGCUGACCCAAACUCGGAUCCUGCUGACCUAAUUUUCCAAAAAGACUAUCUUGAAUAUGGUGAAAUCCUGCCUUUUCCUGAGUCUCAGUUAGUAGAGUUUAAACAGUUCUCUACAAAACACAUCCAAGAAUAUGUAAAAAGGACAAUUCCAGAAUACGUCCCUGCAUUUGCAAACACUGGAGGAGGCUAUCUUUUUAUUGGAGUGGAUGAUAAGAGUAGGAAAGUCCUGGGAUGUGCAAAAGAAAAUGUUGACCCUGACUCUUUGAGAAGGAAAAUAGAACAAGCCAUAUACAAACUACCUUGUGUUCAUUUUUGCCAACCCCAACGCCCGAUAACCUUCACACUCAAAAUCGUGGAUGUGUUAAAAAGGGGAGAGCUCUAUGGCUAUGCUUGCAUGAUCAGAGUAAAUCCAUUCUGCUGUGCAGUGUUCUCAGAAGCUCCCAAUUCAUGGAUAGUGGAGGACAAGUACGUCUGCAGACUGACAACCAAGAAAUGGGUAGGCAUGAUGACAGACACAGAUCCAGAUCUUCUACAGUUGUCUGAAGAUUUUGAAUGUCAGCUGAGUCUAUGUAGUGGGCCUCCCCUUAGCAGACCAGUGUACUCCAAGAAAGGCCUGGAACAUAAAAAGGAACUCCAGCAACUUUUAUUUUCAGUCCCACCAGGAUAUUUGCGAUAUACUCCAGAGUCACUCUGGAGGGACCUGAUCUCAGAGCACAAUGGACUAGAGGAGUUAAUAAAUAAGCAAAUGCAACCUUUCUUUCGGGGAAUUUUGAUCUUCUCUAGAAGCUGGGCUGUGGACCUGAACUUGCAGGAGAAGCCAGGAGUCAUCUGUGAUGCUCUGCUGAUAGCACAGAACAGCACCCCCAUUCUCUACACCAUUCUCAGGGAGCAGGAUGCAGAGGGCCAGGACUACUGCACUCGCACCACCUUUACUUUGAAGCAGAAGCUAGUGAACAUGGGGGGCUACACCGGGAAGGUGUGUGUCAGGGCCAAGGUCCUCUGCCUGAGUCCUGAGAGCAGCGCAGAGGCCUUGGAGGCUGCAGUGUCUCCGAUGGAUUACCCCGCGUCCUAUAGCCUUGCAGGCACCCAGCACAUGGAAGCCCUGCUGCAGUCCCUCGUAAUUGUCUUACUCGGCUUCAGGUCUCUCUUGAGUGACCAGCUCCACUGUGAGAUUUUAAAUCUGCUCACAGCCCAGCAGUAUGAGAUAUUCUCCAGAAGCCUCCGCAAGAACAGAGAGUUGUUUGUCCACGGCUUACCUGGCUCAGGGAAGACCAUCAUGGCCAUGAAGAUCAUGGAGAAGAUCAGGAAUGUGUUUCACUGUGAGGCACACAGAAUUCUCUACGUUUGUGAAAACCAGCCUCUGAGGAACUUUAUCAGUGAUAGAAAUAUCUGCCGAGCAGAGACCCGGAAAACUUUCCUAAGAGAAAACUUUGAACACAUUCAACACAUUGUCAUUGACGAAGCUCAGAAUUUCCGUACUGAAGAUGGGGACUGGUAUGGGAAGGCAAAAAGCAUCACUCGGAGAGCAAAGGGUGGCUCAGGAAUUCUCUGGAUCUUUCUGGAUUACUUUCAGACCAGCCACUUGGAUUGCAGUGGCCUUCCCCCUCUCUCAGACCAAUAUCCAAGAGAAGAGCUCACCAGAAUAGUUCGCAAUGCAGAUCCAAUAGCCAAGUACUUACAAAAAGAAAUGCAAGUAAUUAGAAAUAAUCCUUCAUUUAACAUCCCCACUGGGUGCCUCGAGGUACUUCCUGAAGCCGAAUGGUCCCAGGGUGUUCAGGGAACCUUACGAAUUAAGAAAUACUUGACUGUGGAGCAAAUAAUGACCUGUGUGGCAGACACGUGCAGGCGCUUCUUUGAUAGGGGCUAUUCUCCAAAGGAUGUUGCUGUGCUUGUCAGCACCGCAAAAGAAGUGGAGCACUAUAAGUAUGAGCUCUUGAAAGCAAUGAGGAAGAAAAGGAUUGUGCAGCUCAGUGAUGCAUGUGAUAUGUUGGGUGAUCACAUUGUGUUGGACAGUGUUCGGCGAUUCUCAGGCCUGGAAAGGAGCAUAGUGUUUGGGAUCCAUCCAAGGACAACUGACCCAGCUAUCUUACCCAAUAUUCUGAUCUGUCUGGCAUCCAGGGCAAAACAACACCUGUAUAUUUUUCCGUGGGGUGGCCAUUAGGAAGAACUCCAAAUCAAAAUGCUAUGUAAAUGUCUAUGGGUGACAGUCUGCUGAUGGUAGAAACCUUUCUUUUUAGUUCACAAGUCAGUUAGAGAUUUGGAUGGAGCUGACACAAAGAGUUUGGAGCUCCCCCAUUUCUGGCUCUCCUUUCAGGGGUUCCUUCCCCAACUCUUUUCAGCAGCGGUGGCUGCCCCCCAUUCUGACCCCUGACUCUUCCAGCCAGAAAGAUGAUGGUUUUCUAAAGGAACUUUAGCUGUCCUGCACAAUGCAGACCUGUGUCUUGCACUUUGGGUAAAAGCCAUACAAAUAAGAAACUCAGCCUGUGGCCUUUCUUUCUUCCAAGGCUGGGCUUCUUUUUUUAAGUGACUUCAUGUAGUUUGUUGCUUUUAAAAAUUUGUCCAGAAUCGUUUUCUGCAGAAGCAUGGUCUGUUAGGAGCUUACUGGCUGUAGCAGAAGCAAUUGUUUCCUGAAUUCUUGACGUUUAUCUUUGCUGUAUUCAUUUAGGGCUUGGGAGAGUCCGAAGAUAAUUCAGUCACUGUCAGAUUAAUAAUUUUGUCAGGACAAAGAACACCGUUAUGAUUAUUUAAUCCUUUAAAAUUGUGGUCUCCAGAGUUUGUUCUCAGAAUGGCCCAGACCAAGCCUUAAUUGUGAUAGUGAAUAUUAAUGGUCACUUUAAGGAGAAAUUAUAGGCCAAGAUGAAAUGAACAUAAACCUGUUUGCCCUGGCUUUCAGUGGAAGAUGACAUUAGAGACCAAAAUCUGGUUCUGAAGGUGUGUAUCAGCCCUAAGGUGAACCAAACUUGGGAAAGAUUGUCUUUAAAAAUCAAUGAGUUUAUGUUUUAACUUCUCAGCUUAGUUCUAUGCAUUGCUCUAUAACACACCUAGUUAAGUUUUAUGUUAUUCUUGAACUGUGAUUUUUUUUCUCUUUACUUUCAUGGUUUGGUGGGCCAUUGUUAUGGACUGAAUGUUUGUGUCCCACGCUUCACCCCCAAAUUCCCGUGUUGAAGCCCCAACCUGCACAGUGGAGCUGGGGCCGCUAAGGAAGUAAUUAAGGUUACAUGAAGUCAUGGUGGGGCUCUGAUCUGCUAAGGUUGGUGUCCUUAUAGGGAGAGACCCCAGAGAGCUUGUUCCCUCCCUCCCUGUGCAUGCAAACAAGAGGGCAUGGGAGCACACAGAGAGAUGGCAGCCACCUACAAGCCAAGAGGAGAAGCCUCACAAUCAAACUCUCGCUGCUGGCGAGAGUCUCGGACUCUGUCUUGGACUUCCAGCCUCCAGACUGUGAGAAACAAAUUUCUGUUGUUUCAGCUGCUCAGUCUCUGGUGUUUUGUUAUUGCAGCCUGAGAGCACAGCGGUACGAUUAUUUGUCAAACAGAAAACACUGAUACUUAACAAUGCUAAUGCAAUUAUUUAUUUGCUUUUCAGUCUCUACAAAACGUUCUAAAACACUAAUCUAAAUAUUAACAGUAAAAUAUUUGCAUAACUAAUGGAAACUAAGAAAUCAUAUGACCAAUAUUUCACUUAUUAGUAAUCUUACUCUACUGAUUUCCCCCCAGACUGUGAUUUUUGAACUUCCUUGCCUUUCUCCUGUCUUUCUGUGUUUAUUCAUGGAAUUCCAGUUAUCUGGGCUUGAAAUUGCAGGCUCUCCUAACUUAAGCAAAAUCUGACAGAUCAGCAAAAUGAGAUAAAUGUUUCUUUUUUCUUUCUGACUGCAUUAAAUCAGAUACAACUCAGCAUUAAAAAGCUAUCUUUGUAAAUGUUGUUACUAAUAAAUUAGUCUUAUAAGAUCCCUGGA